GAAGAGUCGAGCUUUGAGGAUGAGAAUGCCUUGCAGGAUGAAGCCGCCGACACUGGACCUACAUCAUGGCCGAGUUCCAAGUCCUUGAGAACCCCAAUGGCAAUGAUGAUCUACUUCACACAGAUCAAGGCUGUUACGGCAGAGUCCACAGAUGACUUCACGCAGUUGAAGCCAGACGGUCUUUGUUUGGCUGGCGAUGAGCCUGCUGAGGAAUGGUCCAUUUUGACCUAUUUGUUCCUCUUCAUCCUCUUCACCACCCUCGUUGUGAGCUACCUGACCUACAAGCUGGGCAGAUUUCAUGAGCACCGCCGACAGGUGAACGACCUGAAGGUCAAGUUGAGGGUGGCCCAAGCUCGAAAUGAACGACACUUCGACAGUGCGUUGGAUGACCAAUGCCUGUUCUUCGACCGCCGCAUCUCCCAGCUGGAAAACGAUUUGGUGAAAGCUGCUGAGGCCAAUGCGGAAACCCGCCGGCAUCACAACGAGAUGAUGGAACAAUGGCGCUUAGAACAGCAAGAAGCCGAAGAAAUCGACCAUUCCUUUCGACAAUGUCAGGCUUUGCUGUCGCGCUGCUACCGGGAACUCCUGGACCAUUUUGAUGAAGACUGCCCUCUCACCACGGGCACCCAUGUGACGCCCUUCGGUCACACCUUCCACGUCCGAGCUGAUUGCCACGGCCUGAAGCAGGCUCACAGAGUUGAUCGACGUCCUUGUUGCGCUUUUUGCAACCCUACUCCUCAGACUCCUCACCGAGUCAAUGGCUUGAGCGGCACCACCCUCCAGGAAGACAUGAUAUCCUGGAGGCGCGACUAUGGCAACCUGUCAUACGAGGAGUGGAUGAUCGACUGA